CUCGCAGAAAGAGGCAGUGCUGAGUUAGAAAGACAAAAAUAGACCUUUACAGAGAAAUAUAGGGAUUGUGUGUGUGGUGGGGAGGGAGAGAGGAGAGCAGCGUUAGGCUGGUUUCCAGGAGGAGCCCUUCGCUCGCUCUCGUUGCAUGUUAGACAUUUUUGUACAGCUUUUUCCCCCCACCCCCUCCCUGCUGGGGAACGAUUACCUCUGCCGGCUGCUCUUUGCAUCUCUUCUGAGGAAAAAAAACAAACAAACUCUGUUUUGAUCAGAACGCGGCUAGAGACCAUUUUAUUUGAGCAACCGGGGGGGGGAAGAAGAGAAGAGGAACCGUCGCAGGGAUAUAAGGAUAUAAAGACUUACCUUCUGCGUUUCCCCCUCCCCCUUGUAAAUACUAAAUACACAAAGACAACAAUUUGACAUCCAUCCUAAGCAGCAGCUAUGGGGUGUUUGGGCAACAGCAAAACGGAGGAUCAGCGUAUCGAUGAGAAAGCGCAGCGAGAAGCCAACAAAAAAAUAGAGAAGCAGUUGCAGAAAGAGAGACUGGCUUAUAAAGCGACACAUCGCUUGCUUCUGCUGGGGGCCGGUGAGUCAGGAAAAAGCACUAUUGUGAAACAAAUGAGAAUCCUACAUGUCAAUGGAUUUAAUUCAGAAGAAAAGAAGCAGAAAAUACUGGAUAUUCGGAAAAAUGUUAAAGAUGCGAUUGUGACUAUAGUUUCAGCUAUGAGCACUUUAAUACCCCCAGUUCCAUUGGCCAAUCCAGAAAACCAAUUUCGAAUGGACUACAUCAAGAGUAUAGCUCCUCUUUCUGACUUUGACUAUACACAGGAGUUCUUUGAACAUGCAAAAAAGCUCUGGGAUGAUGAAGGCGUAAAGGCAUGCUUCGAGAGGUCAAACGAAUAUCAACUGAUUGACUGUGCGCAGUACUUUUUAGAACGAAUCGACAGUGUCAGCAUGGAUGACUACACACCUACAGAUCAGGACCUAUUAAGAUGCAGAGUUUUGACAUCAGGGAUUUUUGAAACAAGAUUUCAAGUAGAUAAAGUAAAUUUCCACAUGUUUGAUGUAGGUGGCCAGAGAGAUGAGAGGAGAAAAUGGAUACAAUGCUUUAACGGUGAGUAAAAAUAUUCCACGUUUUUAUUUGUUGGGGCCUGUAGCAGCUACAACAUGGUAAUAAGGGAAGACAAUAAUACAAACAGACUACGGGAAUCCCUGGACCUUUUCAAAAGUAUCUGGAAUAAUAGGUGGUUACGGACCAUUUCUAUCAUUUUGUUCUUGAAUAAACAGGACAUGCUAGCUGAAAAAGUCUUGGCAGGGAAAUCAAAAAUUGAAGAUUACUUUCCUGAAUAUGCGCAUUAUACUGUACCUGAGGAUGCAACACCAGAUGCAGGAGAAGACCCCAAAGUCACAAGAGCCAAGUUCUUCAUCCGGGAUGAGUUUUUAAGGAUAAGCACGGCGAGCGGAGACGGCAGACAUUAUUGCUACCCACACUUUACAUGUGCAGUGGACACAGAAAAUAUCCGUAGGGUGUUCAACGACUGUCGAGACAUCAUUCAGCGAAUGCAUCUUCGCCAGUACGAACUCUUGUGAGGGAGAUCACCGUGGAACCUGUGGUUUUAAAUUCUUUGCUCCUUACUCUUUCUCUUGAUACUACCCCACACAGGGUGGAAGAAUAUACUAUAGAAAUGUCAGUCUCUUCACUUUGUUUACUUUAAUUAUUUAACCUUAAAGCUGAUUUGAAGCAAGUUUGGGUUCUUUUCCUUCAUGCUUUUUGGGACUAUUUUUGUGCUUUAUUUUGACAUGCCACUUCUUCGUCAUUCCACUAAGCCCUUUGGCUACCUCUAUUCCCUUAGGUUUGUUUUUUAAUUGAACAUAACCUGCUAAAUUUUUUCCAGCAGGUUAACAGUUCAAACUGGUAUGUCAGCUGGAUGACACUGAAGUCAUUCCUAUCCUUCUGUGUGGGUUUCCUUUUUAACAUGACAUUGAAGAGUACUUGAUGGGUGAAAAAGAUUAAUGCACUUUGUAUCAGGUUAUUAAAUACUGUUGAGGAAGUAGACACACAAUGUAGCAGCACCACAAUAUUUAUUACUCUGUCACGGUUUUUAGCAUUUCUGAGUUGCAGGUCAACUGAUAAAGUGACCUCCUCUUUUAAGCCGUUACUGGCACAGGAAAUAGAGUAGAUAAUGAGAGGAAUAGCGAAGACAAAGCAAUUUUUCUGGGGUUUUGGAGCUAAGUGUCUCUGCACACCUCAGGCAUUUGAAUUACAGCUACUUUUCAGCCUGUUGCAUCGAGGCAGAAAAUUUACCACCCUCACUUAUGUUAUUUGUGCUGUCCACAAAUGAUCCUUUUAGUUCAGAUCAUUCUUGGACAACAGUCCUCUCCCUAUAUAUAUUUUUUUGUUUUACUGCUGGUUUAUUAUAUUGUACAGACUGUAAAAUGUAAUAUUAUUUUGUACAACUUUAUUGAAGAAAAAUACUUGUAGAAGAUCUUUGUGCCUUGAUUAUGGCUGUACCUGUAAAAUGAGCUAAGAUGUAAGUAUGUUUUUGAUUGCGCUGUACAGCUUGAUGUCAACCUUACCUGCAGCAGUGACUGAAGGUAAGAACUUUAUCUGUAGAGUUUAGGGGUUUUUUUCUGGUUUAUAUAAAAAUGCUCUUUAGUAUAAAAAUUAUAAAUUAUGCAAAUUAACCACUUACCUUUCCAAGUAAGGUAUUACAGUCACCGGAUGUUGCAGCAAACAUGCCUUUCUCUUUUGAAGUCUCAGCUUUAAAACAUUGGAAUCCAUUCAAGUGUCCAAAUUGCAACCUGGUGUUGUUUUAAUGGGAACCAAGGAUCUUUUUUUCUUUAUAUUUAGAAAAAUAUGUUUCGUAAUUCUUUGGUCAUUCAUAGAACUUCACAAUUGCACAGACCGAUUGUGAAUGUGUAAAGCACCAUUAUAUAGAGCUUUUCAAUCUUUGUACCAACAGCAGCUUUCAUUGUGCAAGUAAAUAGCAAGAACGAAGGAAAAAAAAAAAAAAAGGUGUAUAAACCCUUCUGUCUGGCCUAAGAGAAUUACAAGAUGACAUUUUUAUUUCUCUUUUAAUAAAGAGACACAUUAGAAAUUUGUUUUAUUUUAAAUAUUGUAGAAUCAAAAUGUGUGAAUAUUUCUCAAACUUGAAUAAUUUAUGCAAACGACAUUCUCAAAACAAGUUGUGGUACAGUACAAUAUAUAAAAAGCAAGAAUUGCUGUAGCAAUAAGGCAUGUCCUUUUUAGUAACUAUAACACUGCUUUAUAUUUUAUACAUAGGUGGUUUAUGUCUGUGACUAUAUACUUUUCCUGUGUCCAAGAUAACCUGUACAAAUGUCUAAAAUUACAGUUGCAAUAACAGAAACCUA